UUUGGUAUUGUUUUGUUUAUAUUUUUAAAAAUUUAUGUUUCAGCAAUGCAGCAUGAAAACCAUUCAAAUGUAUUGUGAUAUAUUAAAACCUCACCUCUUGAUGAUUCCUUUCGAAUUCCACUAGAUUUUGAUCAUCAGAUUUUGAUUCGAAUGAUGUUGGAACGUGAUUACAGCAAGGACAGCCAUUACUAUGAUUUUUGACUCUAGAAACAUAUUCUUCAAAUGUUGGGAAGUGACGAUUUUUAGGUUCGACUUUGUUAUGAUUAAAUUCACUUUUUAACUUUGCAGCAAUUUUUCCUGUGAAAUUUUCCAUUUGAAAAUUUCAAUUUUUAAAAAUAUUAUAAAAGUGAACUUUGAUUUUUCCAGAAAAUAAUAAUUCAAAAGAAAGAAAAUUCUUAAAAUGUCUGAAUUCGAACUGAAUCAGUGCCUCAACAAACAUCAAAGAGACUUCUUAGUCUCAAUAACUGUGCAUAAAGCUAGGAAUCUCAAUACUCUAAAUGCAGACACGUUUGUUGCCAUUUCUUUUAAUAAUGAAAUGAGAAGAACCAAAACAUAUCAUAAUUCGGAUUGUCCUUUUUUCAAUGAGGUAUCUUCUUUCGGUCAUAAUGUUCCUUUAAUCGUCUUAAAGAAUAUUUUUUAUUUGUUCCUUUACAUCUAUUUCCAGUAUUUUGUGUUUGAAAUAAAAACAACUUUAGAGAACUUGGUAAAAAAGAAUAUCCGAUUGAUGGUUAUUCAGCUAUCAAGUAUUUUGAAGAAAACUUCUGUUGUGGGGGAAUUGAAUAUCAAUUUAUCAAGCAUAUGGACACAAAACUAUCAUGCAUUCAUUAAGAAAUGGGGAGCCCUAGAAAAAAUUGGUGAUGAUCAGAAGAAUAUAGAAGUUGGAUACUUACAAGUAGACUUGGCAAUCAUUUCCAACUCUGAAUUACCAACUCCAGCAACGUUGACUACUAUCAAUGAUGAUAUUAUUGAAGAAAAUUUAUUGCUUCCUGAUACUUCUAAGUCUAGUCCAGUGAAUGUAAAAUAUUUGGUGAACAUAUUUGAUGGCAACUUUAUUGUAAAGCGUGACUACAUAAUUCAAGUGUCUUUCGGAUCAUUUCAUACUCGAACGCGCCAGUCUAAAUACUCGAAAUACUGUGUAUGGAAUGAACAGAUGAUUUUCUAUGGGAAAUUUCAGUCACUUAAUCAACUGAUAAUUCUUGAGUUGCUUGUUCAAGAUUACUAUCAAUGGCGCGUUAAAUGCUCAGUUGAAUUAAACUUCAAUGGCAUGUCAUGGAAAGUUGGUGACAAAUACACAAAACCUGCAUUUGGACCAUCACACGUUACAUUUUAUGAAGGCGUGCAUAAUAACAGCUUUUAUGGGAAGCUAUUGAUAUCAAUUGAGACUCAUGAUGUUGAUGAGAAGAUGACAUUAAGCUCACUGAAUAGUAAGGAAGACAUUAUUAUGCCAGUUAAUGAAAGUGAAUUUUGGAAUGAUGAGAUCUUUAAAAUAAACAUGAUAAUAGUAAAUGUGGAAUCGUUUAGUGCUUCAUACAGCAGCAUUAGAGCUCAAUUAUAUUGUGAAGAGAUUUCAUCAAAUUCUGUUGACAUUGAUUUAAAAGAUUACAGACAUAAACAAAUCAAAUUAAGACACUCAACAUUUAACUCAAAUGAACGUCCAUUAUUAAGCAUGAGUAUUAAACUGCCUGAUAAUCGUUUAAAAAAUCAAGCCAUAAAUUUGUUGAGAAUGCUUUUACGAGAAAUGGAGAGCCACAUUAGGAACUAUAAGCUUUUUGAAGCUCGAUACUAUGACAAUAUUGAAUACCAAAUGAAAUGCUUGAAGAUGCUUCACAAUGAUCUUAAAAGUAUGCUGGAAGGACUGAAGAAUAAAAUUUAUUGCAAAACUUUUAAGCAAUUCACAGAAUGGGAUCAAAAUUAUGUGAAAUUUCUACAAAGCAUUUUGGACAACUGCAUAACCAAGAUCAGCCGUACGUUGAACAAUCCAAGUAACAAAGAAAGUGUCAAAUCAUCAUUUGAAGCUUACAUAAACAUUCGAGACAUUAUUUCCACAUCAAUAAUCAAUAUCCACGGGUCACCAUCUGAGGUGUUUCUGAAUAUCACAAAAGACAACAAACUUUUAGGAUUUCAUCGCUUCUCGAUGCUGGACUAUUUUCAUUCGCAAGCUUUCGAUUCUAAAGGAGAAUUCUGUGGAAAAUUGCAAUCAAUUAUAAUAAAACCCUCCACGUGUCUACACUCAUGUGAAAACUGUGGUUGCAUGUUGGGAAAAUUUGAAGUCAUUUUGUGGAUUGGCAGUGAUAAAGAACUUAACGAAUGGCUCCCGCAAAAUGCAAUUGAAAUGUCAUCCAAUAAAAUUAAUUUCACAAUUGAAAAAUAUUACAAGUGUAAUGUGUACGUGCAUCAGGCAAAAAUUCAGCCGGGAAUUUGUAAGGAUGAACUUUGCGACCCUAAAUUAAUGGUUAUGACAAAUGGAACGUAUGAGCGAACAAAGGCUGAUAUCAUCGGAAUCGCUCAUAUUAAAAUACCAAUAAAAUCAAAUGAUAUUCAAGCAGAAGAUAAAUCACUUAAGGCUAAACCUGACAGCCUUUUACCUGAAAAAAUCAGUAUUCGUAAGAUUUUUCAUCAAUUAAUCAAUCAAUUUCCACCUCAAUUACGAUGGAUAAGCUUUUUUAAAAAUGGAAAAGUAAGUGCUGAGGUAUUAAUGUCAGUUGAGCUUCUUCCACUUUAUGGACCAACUUUAACGAUUAUGGAAAGAGACAGAAAUGAACCAAUUCCUGAAAUAAUAAGCCCAAACAUACGAAAAUUCCAUAUUGAAGUGACUUUUGCUGGAAUCCGGAAUGCCUUAAAAAUUUCAAGCUUUACUUCUGCUCGCUUUAAAAUUCAAUUAUCAAUGGGCGAACUUGCUUUAAUGAGCAGCUUUUCACUUAAAGGAUACAAGAAGAAUCUCAACUUUAUUGAUCCAUAUGCUUCUGGAUAUUUACUGCUGCCUGAAGAGUUUCAAUUCUGGCCACCAAUAGUAAUACAGCAUGUUGAUAUAUCACAUAAAAAUACCACAACAGUUGGUGCUGCAAUGAUUCGAAGACCUGAACAAUUUUUCGUUGAAGAUAAACCAAAGGAACUUCAAAGAUUUUUAAUUCCUACGACAAACUCAAAGACAAUAGUUGAAGGAAGUGAUGUGAUGAUAGAAGUGGACGAGAAGGUGCCAUUACUUGGUUCAUCUAAAAUUGAAGGAAGCUUUUUGUAUAUCAAGAGAAUGUUAAACAACUUUAAUCUCUCAAAGUUUUUGAUGCUCCCAAUCCAAAGCAAGCAGGUUAAAACUAUUUUAAUUGAGAAUCAGUACACUUGGUGGACAAAAUUUUACAAUUCAUACCGCGAUGCAAGUCUUCACAAUGAAAGUCUUCAUGACCUUAAAAUUUAUAAGUGUGAACUUGAAAAGCAGCUUGACUUUGAGUAUCUCAGUGAUUGGGCAACACCAAUUGAUCUUUAUCGAGCUAAAGAAGAUUUGUCUGAUAAGUCUUUAGCAGGUGAAAAGUAUGCAACAUUGAAAUGUUCCAUAAAAAUUGCAAAAUGUUCAGGCAAAGAGUUUUUCCAAACUGAAAAUGUGAAUCUAGUUCCAUCGACAUUUAGAUUCAAGCGAUUGUCAAAUCUUUUAGUUGAAAUUCCAAUUGUUGUUCGAGUUUAUAUAGUGCAAGCUAUAAAUCUUCGCUCACAGGAUGUACAAUCACAUUCAGAUGCAUUUAUUAAAAUUGAAUAUGGUGGUCAAGCUUUAUCUGAUCGUGCUCAUUAUAUUCCCAAUCAAUUUAGUCCAAUUUUUGGAAAGAGAUAUCAACUGAAUGGAGUUCUACCAAAAAGUACAGAACUUAAAAUUUCAAUUUAUGAUCGUGACACUCUGUCUAAUGAUGACUUGAUUGGAAAGACAAAAAUUGACAUUGAGAAUCGUCUGCGAAGUAAAUAUAAAGCAUUUUGUGGAUUGCAGAAAGAAUAUGUCUCAAAAGGAUAUAAUGCAUGGCGAAACUCAGAUCUUCCUUCAGUUAUUUUAGAAGAAGUCUGCAAUGAAAGGGAUUUAGCAUUACCUGAAUAUUUCCCAGAUCGUGUGUUGAUUGCUGGAAUGGAAUUUUCAGAUUCAAGUAAAAUAUCUACAGACGAGAACGUAAAAGAAAAAUUGGCACUGACAGUUUUAAACAAUUUUCAUAAAAUUCCUGGCAUUGGACAUAAAUUUGUUCCUGAACAUGUAGAAAGCAGGUCUUUAUAUCGAAAAGAUCGACCUGGAAUUGAACAAGGAAAACUUUUAAUGUGGCUUGAAAUUUUCGACCCAAAAAGAUCGAUUCCUGAGCCUGUAGAUAUAACUCCGAUUCCACCAAGACGUUAUGAACUUCGUGUGAUCAUUUGGAACACUAAGGAUGUUAUACUUGACGAGAAUAAUAUAUUUGGAAAGAAUAUGAGCGAUAUCUAUGUGAAAGGAUGGAUGGAAAAUAUUAAUAAUGCACAAUUCACGGAUGUUCAUUAUCGCUCAUUAACUGGUGAAGGGAAUUUUAAUUGGCGGAUGAUUUUUCCUUUUAAGUAUUCAAUAGGGGAAGAUAUGAUGAUAAUUAUAAAGAAGAAAAAGCCAUUCGAGAAAUUUGAUACGGAAAUUAAGCUCCCACCUGUUUUAAAUCUUCAAAUUUGGGAUAAUGAUACUUUCUCGCCAGAUGAUUUUCUUGGUGCUGUUUCAAUUAACUUAUCGCAUUUUCCUGAAUUUUCUGCAUCUGCUGAAAAAUGCUCGGGCAAGAAAACAUCAAAGUAUCAGAAUUUAUUUGCAAUUAAUGGAAGUAUUCGAGGAUGGUGUCCUGUUUAUGGCAGAAUUCGCGACAAUGAAUCUGUGAAAUUAACAGGCAAAGUCGAUGUUGAAUUAGAAGUCCUGACAGAAGAAGAAGCUAAAAUAAAUCCAGUUGGAAAAGGACGAGAAGGACCAAACAAGCUGUCAUCACCAAACCGUCCUGAUACUUCAUUCAAUUGGUAUGAAAAUCUCGGACUGUCUUUCAAGCACAUCGUAAUGCCACAAGCCAGAAAAUUUGCUUUGACUGUGUGCAGUGUCGUUAUAGUUUUAAUCAUUUUACUAUUCGGGCUCUCUUUUAUUUUUGGAAUCCCUCAAAAAUUACUCCGUUUACUUUAGUUAAAUUAACUUAAUUUAUUUAAACUACCUAGUAUACUGUUUUAAAUUACAUUGAAUAUCUGGAUGAAUAUUAAUGAGGAUUAUUGUUGAUUGUUCCCAAUAUAUUAUUAAUAAUCGAUGUGUAUUCUAAUUUGAGAUUUUGUUUCUUUUCCAAAUUUGUGACUGGAUUUUUGUUCUCAUAAAGUUUUUGCAUGUCACUAAGGCACUGGAAAAAUGCAAAGUAUUAGUUGCUUACUCUAUUUUUGAUCAUAUAAACGAACUUACCUUAUCUAACUGUUUUAACUGAUCAAUAAGCUCAUCAUCAAUGAAUGAAAGUGACGGAUUAUCAGAAGGAACACUGUCAUUUGAAGCAAUUACUGCCAUCUCAUUUGCAAUCUUCUGAAGUCCAAAAACCAACUGUAGAAAGUUAUUGUGUGAUGUUGUAACUGUUUCAAAAGCCGAAUUCCCGUCAUCUUCCUUAAUACUUGUUUUAUGAAUGCUUUCGAUAAUUUUUCUCAUAUCUUUUAAAUGACUUUGAAUUUCUGCUU